AUGGAAGCGGGACUCUUCCCUGGCCUGGUCUACUACCUGACUUUCUGGUAUAGACACUCCGAGCGCUCCAUGCGCGUGGCCUUGAUCCUCGCAUCCGCUACCCUAGCCGGCGCCUUUGGCGGUGCAGUCGCAUACGGCGUGGGCCACAUGAACCAGGUCCAUGGACUAUCAGCAUGGCGAUGGCUAUUCAUCAUCGAGGGAGCACCCUCGUGCGCUUCAGCCGUUCUAGUCUGGUUCUUUCUUCCCGAUUACCCCGAAUCAGCUCGUUGGCUCACACAAGAAGAGAGAGACCUCGCCGCUCAACGGCUGCGAACGGAAGGCUCCAAGGGAGAAGCCAAAGCCAUGACUUGGGAGGAUGCCAAAGCCGUACUAACAGAUUGGCGUCUCUACGCACACUAUGCCGUCUGUUGCCUGUCCCAGCCCACUACUGUUCCCACAACUAAUGCCUCUCAACAGAUCUACUUCGGCAUAUCCGCCCCGUUUUCCAGUCUUUCUCUCUUUACGCCCGCAAUCACCAGCGGUCUAGGGUAUACCAACCUACGCGCACAGCUGAUGACAGUGCCCCCAUGGGCGGUAGCAUAUGUUGUGACAACCACCGCAGCCUGGUCCGCAGAUCAUUUCAACAGGUAUAAGUCCUCGCCUCAGCACCAUGCCCCACAAACGCGCACUAACAGUCUACCAUCAGCCGUGGCCUGCAUUCCGCCCUCUUCUCCUUCAUUGGUGCAAUGGGCUUCUUAG